AUGCAUGUUAUGAAUUGUCUCUCCUUGGUCAAUGAUAAAGAAAAUGGGGCUAUUCCAGUUGCAACGGGAUUAAUGAGUGAGGAUACGACAACAGCACCUCAACUUUCUCAGCCUGCAGCAUCACCACCCCCUGCACCAUGUCCUCUCACAGGGGCUCCCCCAGCUCCUCUGCUCCCCCCGGGAAUGCCACUCCCACCACCACCCCCUCCUCCACUGCCUGGCCCGAACAUACCUCUGCCUCCACAGUUGGUAAAUGGACAUGACAGCCACGGCAAAAAAAAACGAAUGCGGAGCUUUUUCUGGAAAACUAUCCCUGAAGAGCAAGUCCGUGGUAAAAACAAUAUCUGGACAAUUGCUGCAAGACCACAGUAUCAAAUUGAUACUAAGACAAUUGAGGAACUUUUUGGGCAGCAGGAAGAAGCCAAACCCCAGGAUUCUCAAAAACGAUCUUUGAAGUCUUCAUUUAAAGAGACUAAAGAGGAGGUUUCCAUUUUGGAUGCAAAACGAAGUAUGAACAUUGGGAUAUUUCUCAAACAAUUCAAAAAGUCUGCUGAAUCCAUCAUUGAAGAUAUUUGUCAUGGAAGAAGUCAGCCCUAUGGUUCUGAAUUGCUACAUGAAUUUCUUAAAUUAUUACCAGAAGCAGAGGAGGUAAAGAAAUUAAAAGCCUUUGAUGGAGAUGUAUCAAAACUGUCUCAAGCUGAUUCCUUCAUGUAUUUACUAAUCCAGGUGCCAAACUAUGCUCUUAGGAUUGAAGCCAUGGUGUUGGAGAGGGAGUUCUCACCCUCCUGUGCUUCUCUACAGGAUGACAUGAAAAUUAUAAGACAGGCAACAAAAGAGUUAAUGACUUGUGAGGAGCUGCAUUCCAUAUUGCACUUGGUCCUUCAGGCUGGGAAUAUUAUGAAUGCGGGAGGUUAUGCUGGCAAUGCUGUUGGAUUUAAACUCUCGUCACUGCUCAAGCUGGCAGACACAAAAGCAAACAAACCUGGGAUGAGUCUGCUGCAUUUUGUUGCUCUGGAAGCCCAAAAGAAAGAUGCUGCUCUUUUCAACUUCUCAGAAAAAAUUAGGAGUGUUCAUGAUGCCGCCAGGUUAUCCAUUGAUAGUGUAGAAGCAGAGCUCCACUCACUGUCUGUCAAGACAAGAUCUGUUAAAGACAGCAUCCAAAAAGACUCAAAACUCUUCCACCAGAUGGAAAACUUCCUUCAGUUUGCUGUAAGGCACCUAAAGGAGCUUGAACACCAGAAAGGAGAAUUGCAAAAGGAGGGAAAUGCUCUCAUUGACUUUUUCUGUGAAGACAAAGAAACUAUGAAGUUGGAUGAAUGUUUCCAGAUAUUUAGGGACUUCUGCAUAAGAUUCAACACAGCUGUUAAGGAGAACAGGGAGCGAGAGAUCCAGGAACUUCAUAGUCUGCAAAGGCGAAAGGAGCUGGAAGAGAAGCGUCGAUCCUGGGCAGCUGGAGAGCUUGGGAGCUUUGGGCGGAGCAGCAGUGAAAAUGAUGUAGAGAUAUUGGCUAAAAACAGACUUGGAGAAUUUCUUCCCUUCUUGCAGCAGAGGCCUCAAAGCCCUUUGUACAGAAACACAAAUUCCAGACGCUCUCGACUUUCUUUGGGGAUGACUGCAGACAGGGAGUUGCAGAGUUUCCUGGAAAUCUCAAAAGACGAGGAUCCAAACAAGUUUAACAGCCUUCCCCGUGCAAACACCCGACAAGCAAGACCAAAUGUAGCCUGGACAGAAUCCAAAGAAACAAGAGAUCUCAACUUAAAUACCUUGCACUUACACCAGCAGUCUGAAAUGGAAGUGAAAAAUGGUAGCCCUGUGCAGGUGCCUCCAGCUCAGCCUAGUCACCUCAGCAGCUCAGCCAGUCCUGGUGCCCAUUACUCACAGAGGAGCACUGACUACAGCUUGCACACUUCCAACAUGUCCUGCAAGGAGUCCACAGAUAUAAAUGCUCUGGCCCUUGCAAUUGAGGAACAUGAGCUUGUUAAAGGGUUAUGUAAGUUUGAUAUUCAAGGAGCAAAACCUGCAGAAGAUGGACCUUUAAUAUAUUUAGAGAAUGCUGGCAGGACAGACCUGGAGACUCUAGAUGAUAUAAACUUUCAUUCCCUGAGCACUGCCCAUGAUGAGCUGCCUCCAGCUUGCAGAAGCUCCAGAGAGGCCCACAGCCAUCAAGCCAAGGCAGUGAGUUGCAAGAAUGAAGUUUUAGAGCCCAGCAGCAGCUCUGUGUCUAUGGAUACAAGUGUUUCAGGAAGUAGGGGAGAUGGGCCAGUGUGCUACAUGUCAGAUACCACAACUGAUUGUUCUUUAACAUUAGACUCUGAAGAGGGAAAUGAUUUUAAAUCAGCAGGCAACGAAAUAAGUGAGGGUGGCAAAGCAUGCUUGUCUGGCAGUGAUGCUCAACAAAAGGCUAGAUCUUUCUUCUCAAACCUGAGCUCCACCUCUGACAAGGACCUGUCCCUUCACACUUAUGCCAGUCAUAAGGAUGAUGCUGAUAGCAAGCACACCCUUCCUAAAGAAAAACCCAUAAAAAAUAAAGAUCUAGUAGGACCAAAGACAAACUCUCUAAAAGAUCGAUCUCCAAGCUCCACAAAAUCCAGUGGCACUCGCCCAGGCCACACAGCUCCUUCCAGACCUGUCAGAACUUUGAAUGCCUCUGAGAACGAAAGUAUGAGGAAAGUGGUGCCUAUUUCUCGGUCAAACAGGGCACCCAGCAGCACGAAAAAGCCAGAAGCCAAGCCAGCCUUUCGUGAAGGCAGUACAGUGGAAAGCCGGCUGUCUCAUCGUAGCCUCAUCCGAGGCACAACAGACACACUCCCAAGAAGUCUCUACAGGCACAGCAUGUCAGUAGAAGAGCCAAAGUUACGAAGGGGCACUGUCACCUCAAGCAGUGCUCAUUUUGAUAGGGACAGAGUUGCUCUCAAGAAGCCAAGCUCUAAACCUGUUAGGGGUAAUGUCAAGUCAAAGACAGAUGAAACAAAGAUGUGUCGCUCCAGUGUAAUACCCCAGACGCCUGCAGAUGACACCAAGGUUGUCACAGUCAGUAAUCCCAAAGCACCACCAGCUGUCCCGAACUUUGCAAGGAAUACAGUGGCUUCUUCUUCAAAGCGUGCAAAAGUGGAUCUAUAUAGCUCAUCCAGACCUCUCCCCAUCACACGGUCUGUGUCCCAGAGGCUGCCUAAAGUGAAGCCAGCAGUGACCUCUGAUGAUCCAAAUCCAAAGGAGAGCAGUGUGAGUACCUUAAAGAGAGCAAGUAGUGCCAGGGUGGUUGGAAGAAGUAUCCUGCAGGUUGAAGCUGUCAGCACGAAAGCAGAACCUUCACCAAAGGAGCAGGAAACAGUGGAAAAGGCAUCUCUUAAACGGAAGGAUGCAAACCAAACCACAAUUGGUAAAAUAUUGAAGCCAUUAUUGAAAUAA